AUGAAUCUCAAACUUUGGCAAGAUGAUUGGGUUGCUGAUCGUGAAGCUCAGUUUGACGAGGAGGCAGAGGAUAACUUGCCGCUUGACAUGCUCGAUGCAGACAUCGACUGGGAACAUAGCGCAUUUGCUGGAGCGAAGAGGAGAUAUGACCAAAGUAAAAAUUGUGUUUGA